UGGCUAAACCAAGACAGAAGCCAUUGUUGGUGAUAUGAGGAGGUUCCGAAAACCAAAGCUGAUACCUUUACUGGAGCAAAAGCCUCCAACACUCCCACAGCUCUCUCCGAUCCCAAACCCAUCUCUCCCAAAACCCCCACAACACCCAUCACCACCACCUUCCCCAAUCCUCACUCUCUCCCACACCUCAAACCACAACCACACCCACCUCCUCACCUUCAUCAAAACCCACAUCAAAAACCCACCUCUCUCCCCCAAAACCCUCCUCCAUUUCCUCAAGUCCAAGCUCCACCACCACCCCACCUUCACCCAUUUCGACUUCCACGUCUUCAACUGGGCCUCCUCCGUCGACUCCUUCCGCCACGACCACUCCACUUUCGAAUGGAUGGUCUGCACUCUCGCAACCACCGACCGCUUCGCCGAGCUGGGCCAUCUCAUCGGUUUCAUGGUUUCGAACCCAUGCCCUUGUUCCGAUGGUAUUUUCUCUUGCCCCAGAACAGAACCCAUUUUCAAAUUUGCGAUUAGUGCUUAUUGUAGAGUAGGGAGGUUGGGUGAUGCUGUUGGUGCUUUUGAUUCCAUGAGGAAAUUGAUUGAUGGGAAGCCUAGUGUUGUGGUUUAUAACAUUGUGAUUAAUGGGUUUGUGAAAUGUGGGGCACAUGAUAAGGCUUUGGGGUUUUAUGAGAAGAUGGUUAGGGAUAGAGUUAAGGCUGAUGUGUUUACAUUUAAUAUUUUGAUUAGUGGUUAUUGUCGAAAUUCGCAAUUUGGGUUGGCUUUGGAGUUGUUUAAGGAGAUGAGGGAGAAGGGGUGUAGUCCCAAUGUGGUUAGUUUCAAUACUUUGAUUAAGGGGUUCUUUAGGGAGAGGAAGGUUGAGGAUGGGAUUGAGAUGGCUUAUGAGAUGAUUGAGUUUGGGUGCAAGUUUUCGAGUGUGACUUGUGAGAUUUUGGUUGAUGGACUUUGUAGAGAAGGUCGGGUUGAGGAGGCGUGUGAGCUGUUGAUUGAUUUUUCGAGGAAAGGAGUGUUGCCUAGGUUGUAUGAUUAUUAUGGUCUUGUUGAAGUGCUUUGUGGGGAAAGAAAUUCGGGGAGAGCGUUGGAGGUUGUGGAUGAGCUGUGGAGGACAGGAAAUGUUCCGAGCUUGAUUGCUUGUACCACUUUGAUUGAGGGUUUGAGGAGGUCGGCGAGGAUUGAUGAGGCUUUAGAAGUGAUGGAAAGGGUGCUUGAAGAGGGUAUGGUUCCAGAUUUUGUGACUUUUAAUUGCCUCCUUCAAGAUCUUUGCAAUUUGGGGAGAACUGAGGAAGCCGAUAACCUUAGGUUGUUGUCUUCGAGUAAAGGCUUGGAGCUAGACGGCAUGGCAUAUACCAUUUUGGUGUCUGGGUAUUCAAGAGAAGGGAAAAAGAAGGAGGUGAAAGUGGUGGUGGAUGAGAUGCUGGAUAUGGGAUUUAUACCUGAUCUUGCUACAUAUAAUAGGUUGGUUGAUGGAUGAAUAUGUGGACACUUUCAGUUAUUUUUCUCAAUCAUGAUUUUCUCUGAGGACUUGAUUGCAAGAAAGGCAUGUUAGGGUCUAUGUCAGAGGUUAAAAGCUGGAGACGUGAAACUGCAAACAAAAUGGUUACACUCCUUUUUUAUAUUGUAAUUUAUCAUUUUAACAGCAUGUCUUCUGGUGUGGUGGGAUUUGGAGACGAUCAAUCAGCCAAACCAAGUUAAAGUGAGCAUGGCUCAGUCUUUGCUUAUAAUGGAGCUUUUAGAAUGCUGCAUGAUGAAAGUCUAUUUGGAGCUUCCACAAUGGGGAUGGCAAUACUUCAUCAUCUAUUCAAUAACGUGAUGGACCUAAAAAAAUGUCUAGGUGCUGGCAUAUGAUUGUACAAUAAGAUACAUUCAUUAAUACAGCAAGAUUGGUUUUGAUGGCCAGGGGUCCAAACGAAUCCCUUUUCCCAGCCUUUGCCUCAAAGGUUCAAGUCUUCAAGACACCACCCCCACUUAUAGGCCCGGUGGUGCUGUCAAGAACGAUAAGAUCCCUUCUGAUGUGAGAAAGCGAGCAAUGGAAGCUCUAGACACUUGUGGAAGAAGAGCUAUUGGUGACAUGGCCGUUUGAGCUAAUUUUAUGCUCAAAUGAGGCUAAGAACUUGCAAAAAGCUCUCGCUUCUGAUCAGAGAUAGUUACUUUCAAAAAUAUUUCCUAAGGCUCCAAGGAACCUCUAUUUUUUUUUUUUGGGGGUAUUUUGGUGGUUGUAUUAGCAUAGAAGGUCAAGAUAUAUAGAAAAGCGAAAAUUUGUAUUCACAAUUCAAAUAUUAUAGCGAUAUCGAUAGUAUAAUUUCCUUUUCU